GUGCAGGCUGGGCUAGGAGCCGCCGCCUCCCCCCCGCCCAGCGAUGUAUUCAGCGCCCUCCGCCUGCACUUGCCUGUGUUUACACUUUCUGCUGCUGUGCUUCCAGGUACAGGUGCUGACAGCCGAGGAGAACGUGGACUUCCGCAUCCAUGUGGAGAACCAGACUCGCGCUCGGGACGAUGUGAGUCGUAAGCAGCUGCGGUUGUACCAGCUCUACAGCAGGACCAGCGGCAAGCACAUUCAAGUCUUGGGCCGCAGGAUCAGUGCCCGUGGCGAGGAUGGGGACAAGUAUGCUCAGCUCCUAGUGGAGACAGAUACCUUCGGGAGUCAAGUCCGGAUCAAGGGCAAGGAGACGGAGUUCUACCUGUGUAUGAACCGAAAAGGCAAACUCGUGGGGAAGCCUGAUGGCACCAGCAAGGAGUGUGUAUUCAUUGAGAAGGUUCUGGAAAACAAUUACACAGCUCUGAUGUCGGCCAAAUACUCAGGCUGGUACGUGGGCUUCACCAAGAAGGGGCGACCCCGUAAGGGCCCCAAGACCAGGGAGAACCAGCAGGAUGUGCACUUCAUGAAGCGCUACCCCAAGGGACAGGCGGAGCUGCAGAAGCCCUUCAAAUACACCACAGUGACCAAGCGCUCCAGGCGGAUCCGCCCCACACAUCCUGGCUAGGCCGCCCGCUGUCCCCGAAAGGUGACCAGCCUCACUCACUCCCAGAGAACUGCACCAGAGGAUUAUUUUUACAUGAAAAAAAUAAGGAAGAAGCUCUAUUUUUGUACAUUGUGUUUAAAAGAAGACAAAAACUGAACCUAAACUCUUGUGGGAAGGGACAAUAGGAUCUCAUUGUUGACUCGAACCCCCACAACGAAAAGACUCAAACGAGGGGGACUGUCACCCACCCACAGGUGCUUGCCUCUCUCCAGGGGUGACGACUCAAAACUUGUUCCCAGAGGAGGACUUGAAUGAGGAAACCGACCCUGCGAGAAACCAAAGUCCUUUUCCCAAAGGUUCUGAAAGCAACAACAACAACAACAAAAAACUAAGACAAAAACAAAAAGCAAAGAGAAAGUAACACCCCCUCCUCUCAACAAACGCCCCCACUUCCCAUCCCCUCGCCCUGCCCCAGACUCCAACAAAAAUCGCUCUCUGGUUUGCAGUCAUUUAUUUAUUGUCCACUGCAAGCUGCCCCGCGACACCGCGCAGGGAAGAAGGCGUGCUCCUGAGAAUUCUCCGCGCCCCGAACGACCUUCUGACGACAGACGCCUCGUCCAAUCAUGGUGACCCUGCCUUGCUCGCAGUUCUGGAGGAUGCUGCUAUGGACCGUCCAUGACCCACGUGACCUAGUACACCAAUGAUAAGGGAAUAUUUUAAAGUCAGCUAUAUUAUAUAUAUUAUAUAUAUAAGCUAUUUAUUUCACCUCUCUGUAUAUUGCAGUUUCAUGAACCAGGUAUUACUGCCUCAACAAUUAAAAACA